CGGUCCUACAAUCGAGCGCCAAAUGGCGAAUAAACGAAACUUGUGCAAUAAGAUAAACAAGAGAACUUUGGAUCUGACCGAGGAAGCGCCCAGUGGAAGUCAUGCCAAGCGCCACUGCAGCGAGAGCCUCUUCUGGCCGGAGGGCGACGACGGCGACAGCUUCUUCUCCAACGCGAAUCUGGAGGAUUUGCUGGAUGGACGGAAGGAUGGACUCUUUGGGACACAAGUAGAGACGAGCAAAAACAAGUUGCAGCAAAGCGGAUCGGAUGAUGGCCUGGGACUAUUCGUCGACACAUCCUUUCCAGGAAGCUCCACCCAGAAGCUCUCGGCGGAUAAGGAAACCAAUGCCCCCACUGAUGACCAUAAAAUUGAUCUAGCGGACGAGGACAACGCCGAUGAGGUCUUCAAGAAGAUCAACCUCAACGACCUGAGCAUUGGCGAAAUGGAGGACAUUUUCCAUGGCGCCGAGGACUUCAGUGAACCCAUCGCUCAGAACACACAGCUCUUCUUGGAGGCGGUUACCUUUAAGGUGCCCAGGACGCCGGAGAAGAUUCUGCCAGGCGCUAAGGACGAAUCCAUGUCCUUUAUCUCGAAAUCUGUGAUAGAGGGCAUAGUGCAGGGCACGCAGUGUGUGACCUGCGAGGAGCUGAAGAACCAAUCCAUUCUGGAUCCCGUCAACUGGGAGACGCAGGCUUUCGCCGACUUCGAGAAGGACCAUCAAGUCAAGGACACGUUUCCCAGCAAGGGCGAAUUCUAUGGCCUGCCGGACAGGGUCAAGAAGAUGAUACUCGAGCACAAGGGCAUCAAAAGUCUUUACGAAUGGCAGGACGAGUGCCUGAAUCUACCUGCAAUCAAGCAGCGAAAAAACCUUAUCUAUGCUUUGCCCACGAGCGGUGGUAAAACCCUAGUGGCCGAAAUUCUUAUGCUACGUGAACUCCUUUGCCGCGAACGCAACGUGUUGUUUAUCCUGCCAUAUGUGUCGAUUGUCCAGGAGAAGGUCAGCGCCAUGUCGCCAUUCGCCAUCGAUCUGGACUUUCUGGUGGAGGAGUACACCGCCGGCAAGGGUAAAUGCCCGCCUGAGCCGCGUCGCAAGAGGCGCAGUCUGUUCAUUGCCUCCAUUGAGAAGGGAGCUGUUCUAAUGGACAGCUUGAUAGAUGUACAGCGUCCCCAUGAGAUUGGCCUCGUGGUGGUGGACGAACUGCAUUUGAUUGGCGAAAAGGGCAGAGGAGCCACCCUAGAGGCAUUCCUAACCAAGGUGAUGUUUUUGAAUGCGAACAUUCAAAUUGUGGGCAUGAGUGCCACGAUAGGCAAUCUCAGCGAAAUAUCCUCAUUUCUGAAUGCUGAUGUCUACACAAGGGGCUUUCGUCCCGUGGAGCUGAAGGAGUACAUAAAAUGUGGCCAGGAUUUACUGGAAAUCAACUCGGCUGGCCAAACACUGGAAGAGAUCUUCGUCCCAAGUCGCAGCGUUGACUAUAAUUACAGCGAAGCUGUCAAACGUGCGGAUCCUGACCACUUGGCGGGAUUGAUCAGCGAAUGUGCUCCGGAACACUGCUGCCUGGUUUUCUGUCCCAGUCGCAAGAACUGCGAGAACGUGGCGCUACUUCUCAGUCGCAUUGUACCAAAGCAAAAGUUCUUUGAACACCGACGUAGCGAGAAGUUGGAUCUGAUGGAUGCCCUGGACAAGAUGUGCGGUAUACUCAGCCCGGUUUUGGCGAAAACUCUGCCUUAUGGCAUUGCCUAUCAUCAUUCGGGAUUGACCACAGAUGAGAGAAAGUACAUUGAGACAGCCUAUCGUUUUGGCGUAAUCACAGUCAUCUGUUGCACCUCCACUUUGGCUGCGGGAGUGAAUCUCCCAGCGAAGCGUGUUAUCAUACGAGCUCCUUAUGUUGGCCAGGAAUUUAUGACUUUGUGCAAGUACAAGCAAAUGGUGGGACGAGCUGGUCGCGCCGGAUUGGGCGAAGCUGGCGAGAGUAUUCUGAUCACCCAGAGCAAAGACAACUUGCAGGUGGGCCAAAUGCUUUUCUCGCCCAUGGAUAAGGCACUGAGUUCGAUGGAUCAGCAGGAGGCAGUUGGAUUGCAAUCUCUCAUCCUCAGCGUGGUUGGCCUGAACUUGGCAGAAUGCCGUCGGGAUUUGUACCGUCUGGUGCACAGCACCCUUCUCUCCGUGCAGGCCAGCUCCCUGGAGGUGGCCGUGGACGAGAUAGUGCUUCGGAUUCUUCGCGAGAUGUUUAAGAAUAAAGUGCUGCAGCUAACCGAGCCGCCGGCCAAAUCGAAGAUCAAUUCCUCGGAUAUUAUAACCACGCAGGAGGUGAAUCAAACCAACCGACCCGCUGGCGAGCGUCGAUUGCUCAUUGGUCAGUCCACCCCCUUUAAGUUGACCAAUAUCGGAAGAGCUGCCUUCAAGGCGGGCAUCGAUUACAAGCGGGCGAAUGCCAUCCACAAGGAGCUGAAGCAGGCCCAGCAGCAGCUCAUCCUCACGAACUACCUGCACUUGUUGUACCUGGUCGUCUGCUUCAAUUCGAACGAAACAGGCGACGAAUUGUUUCCGGCCGAUGCCAGCAUUCUCUUUGGAGUCUACACCUCGCUGCCGCCGGACGCGCAGGCCUUGUUCAAGCAGCUCGGCUUCACGGAAGCCCAUGCAGCCAGACUCUUUAAGACGCAGUCGGUCCAGGGUCCCUUGUCCCUGCAGCUGAACCGCCUCUACAAGGUGCUUAUCCUGGCGGACAUACUGAAUCUCCUGCCGCUUCCCUCGGUGGCCAGCAAGUACAACGUGGAGCGGGGAACGCUGCAGCAUCUGAUUAGCCAAUCUAUAGCCGCCUCCAGUGCGAUAGUCCGUCUGUGCGAGGAGUUGGAGGAGUUCUGGUGCUACAAACCCUUGUUCGAACGCAUCCUCCACAAAAUGGAUCGCUGCGGCACCUUUGAACUGGAGCCGCUAAUGGAACUGCCAGCCGUUAAAAUUAAUCGCGCCAAGCAACUGUAUGCAGCUGGAUUUCAAACCAUCGAGGACAUAGCCAAAGUACGACCCGCACUUUUAGUCCAAUCCUUGGAGCACAUGCCCCUCAGAGUGGCCACCGAAAUAGUCUCGGCAGCUAAGAUAAUUCUAAUGAAAAAACUUGACCAUCUGGAGGAGGAAACGGAGAACCUCAAGAACUGCCUGCAGACAUCUCAUAUGGAUUAGUAAAGAAUUCGCUUAAGUAGGUUUUAAAUUUAUUUCAGUUUUUGUUUUGAUUGUUAUGCACUCCGACUUAAGUCUUGGAUCUGGGCUCUCCAUGACGAACACGAUCUCCGACAAAGCUUAAAUAUUACAGACAAUUUGUGUGCAAAUUGCAAUUUUAAAUUUUAAAUUAACACAUUAAGUAUUCGCUCUCUCUAAAUGUACAUUGCGGACAUCGAUGCUGCUGUUCCGUUUCGUUCUGUUCUGCUGGAUGUUUUACGUUUUGAUUUCUGAUUUAGCGGAGAUAAACGAGUAGGAGGAAGUGAGUUUUACAAACUACUAGAUACGAGCUAGCAGACAAAUUCGCAAGCUGCUACUAUCACGACAUUUGAGUAUUAUACAACGUAUUU